AUGGCGCCAGGAUCUGCGCCUGCUGCGACACGGGGUGUUGUUGUGACUCCACAGGGCGGGAGCCACGACGACGGAGCGCCAAUGCCAACUCUGAGUCAGUCGAGGGUGGCAGCAAGGGACGAAGAAGCUGCAACCCUACCAAGUCAAUGCGACGCAGAGGAAGAAGACCUGGUCUUGAGUCAACGUGAACACGAGGAAAAAGGCCCACUGCCAGUGGCAACCUCAGAUCAACCCGACGAAGAGGAGAACCAGCUGAAUGUUGCUACUACUAGCAGAAGUACCCGUCAUUCAAUGACAAGUAGUACUACCACUACCAUUGGUAGCACUCUUUUCCGCACCACCAGCACCAAUGGUAGUACUAGUAGUAUUGGUUCUUUUGAUGACGAUGGAAUGAUGGCGGAAGAAGAUGCCAAGCCGUGCUCUGGUGCUCUAGAGGCGGCCUCUGGUGCCUCUGGUGCCACUGGUGCCUCUGGUGCCUCUGGUGACACUAAUGCCAAGGGUGUUGGUGUGGCUACGCAUGAGAACGGAGACGGCAGCAACAAGAAGCCUGGACUGCUCGCUGCUUGCCGGCGGAUAGCUGAUGGAAUACUGCCUGCAUUUCUCAGAAAGGUACGACGUGGAAGCUACUGGGAUCUCUUCGUCACCUUCUUCUUCCUCGGAUGGACGUCGUUCGGUGGUGCCGCCGCCCACAUCGCCAUGUACCACAAGCAGUUCGUGGAGCUGCGCGGGUGGAUGACAGAGGACAUGUUUGCAGAAUUAUUAGCGCUCACCCAGACAGUACCCGGCCCAUCCAGCACGCAGAUGUCGCUCGCCAUCGGCAUCAUGCAGAAGGGCAUCACCGGCGGCUUCCUCUCCUGGAUCCUCUUCCAGCUCCCUGGCGCGCUCAUCAUGAGCGUUGCUGGCUUUGGCGUCGCCAAGUUCCUGGUGGAUCCACCGGCGUGGCUCUCUGCUAUCUCCGCCGGGGCGACAGCGGUGGCGGUGGCUCUAAUAGCAGAUGCGGCAGUGAUGCUGGGGAGCAAGAUGUGCCGGAACAGAGUCACACGCAUGCUCUGCGUCACCUCUGCUGCCAUCACCUUUUACUACACCACGCAGUGGAUCUUCCCCACCGUCAUUCUGCUCGUGGAUCUUCCCCACCGUCAUCCUGCUUGGCGGCGUGGUCACCUAUUUCACGCAGCGCAACAAGCCCAUCCCUCCGCAGCGCAACAAGCCCAUCCCUACGCAGCGCAACAAGCCCAUCCCUACGCAGCGCAACAAGCCCAUCCCUCCGCAGCGCAGCAACAUUCAGAGGCUGGGCGUGUCGCCGUUGGGCGGCGGGAUGCUGCUGUUUGCGUGGAUCGGCAUCUUGUGUUUGCCAUUGUCUACAACAAUGCUAUCACCAAAUCGGGCUCGCAGUGGAUGCACCUGUUCGAGGGGUUUUACAUGACUGGAUCAGUGACGUAUGGAGGAGGCCCCGUGAUGCUGCCUUUGCUGGAGAGCAUAGUGAUCGAGCAUGAGACCGUGUGCCCACCUGGUGGGGGCAAGUGCUUUGAAGUGGAUGCCAACACCACCAUGAUCACCACACAGCAGUUUCUCGCCGGUCUCGCCCUCUCACAGGCCAUUCCUGGCCCGCUCUUCAACUUCUCUGCCUACCUUGGCUCUGUGAUCGGUGGAAUCCGGGGGUUGGCAACAUGCUGGAUCGCUAUCUUCUCGCCGGGUGUUCUCAUCAUCAUCGGUAUCCUUCCCUUCUGGGGCCAGUUCCGCAAAUGGAAGCUAUCGGUCUCAUCUGGGCAUCUGCGUUCUCUCUGGGUCUCAAGGCUAUCAAAGUCAGUCCCUUCCCCAUGGCGUCGCUCUGCAUCGGCAUGUUUGGAUAUGCUAGCACUAGCUUCCUCAAG